AUGAGAGCUGUCUUCACGGAGGAUGACCACGUGCAAACUGCGGAUGGUACUGUAGAAUGGACCCCAGGUGUGACGAUGAACUUCACAUACCGCUUCGCCGACGAUCCUCUCGGUGAGAACUUGCUCGGCAACAUAACCUGGCGGGUGGACAUGAAUGAACCAGCGCAUUGGACUCAUUCCGAACUCACUUAUGAUGGGAUUUACAAUACUUAUGUCCUUGAUACGGAAUAUAAAACUUGGGCGUUAUUACUGCAUUGUGCAGAACAGAGAGAAGGCGCCCGAUACUUAAGUGCAUUCGUUUUAUCACGGAAGACUGUUUUGCCGAAGAAUGUGAUGGCGUACUUGAGAGAUAAGCUACCGAGAUAUGAUGUUGAUAUUAAAUACGUGUUCCCGAUAUCCCAUAACAACUGCACGUCAACACCGGCAAAAUUCAACUAUUCGCCGAUACUCGUGGAAGUAGGCAGUAAGACUAUAAAACGACCUAAGAUUGAAUACAACGUUAAUUUUGAGAAUUAG